CAAAAUUAUUGUAAAAGUACGAAUUAGAAUUGUAAUACUUAAAAUUUAAUGUUUGAAUGAAUAUGCAAUAAAAAAUUAAUUAUAGUCUUCAUUUCAGUGAAUAAUUACAAUUUAAUUUUAAAGAAAAAAAUUGGAAUUCAAAUUUUCAUAAGCACUUUGUUUUAUAUUUAAUUUAGUUUUCAGUUCCUUGCUGACCAGAACAAUUUUUAUCUCAUUUAUAAUAUUUUACAUGAAAAAAAACCAACAAUAUCUACCUAUAAAUAAAAUUAAAUAAUCAAUAUUAAAGUCCUUUUUUAAGAAAACAAAAAAUUCAUUUUAUUUUAAGAAAAAGCAGCAAACAAAUAAUAAUAAGAAAAAAAUAAACAAACAAAAAAAAAAUUUAUUAUUCAUCCAUAAUUUUUGGGUUCCGAUUUUGUUAUAUUUCUUUUUUGGGUUGUAUUUUGUUCACAAUAAAAGGAAAACAAAAAAAAAGUCAUAUUUUACCUAUAUACCGUUAUAUUUAUUACAUUGAUUUUAUAUUUUACGUGCAAUAAAAUAAAAUUUUAUUAAACAAAAUUUUUAACAAUAAGAUUUUUGUGAAUAACCAAAAAUUUACAACAGUAAAAUUUGUCGUUAGUACAGCUAGUACAUUUCUCUUGAACCAAAAAGGAGAAAAUUUUCCAAAAUAUGCAACAGUGUUUUAACAUAUUAUAAAAGUUAGUGUUAUAAAAAAUUAUUGUUCUCUCUAUACUAUCAUAAAUCCGAAUUAAAAUUGAGAGUAAAUUAUUAAGAAAAAAUAAUAAGAGAAAGAAAAAUUAAAAUAAAAUAAAACAGAAAAAAAAAAAAUAAAGAGAAAAAUAUUAUCAAUUAUCUGAAAUUAUAAUAAAAGUAAAAAAUAAAAAAAAAAUAAAAAAUCACAAUACACAUGUUUUGUUGUUCUUAUUAAUAUGGUCAAAAGGGAUAUACCGGUUAUACAAAAAGGAUAUAUAGUGUAAUACAAUAUAAAAAAUUACAAUAAAAUAAAAAAUUAAUAAAUAAAUAUACAAAAUUUAUCGAGAAAAAAAAAAGGAUAUAUUUUUCAAGGCACAUGCAUAUAUACAAACAUAUAUGCAAUUAAUAAAAGAGAAAAGAAAAAACUCAAAGUAAUUUAUAAGAGGAAAAGGACUCAAGUCUUCAGGACUAAUGCAAUUUCAAUAUACAUACACUUGAAUAAAAAAUCAAACACAUAGAGAAGGAAAAAAGAACUUAUAUUCGAAGUUGAAAACAAAAGGGAAAACAAUAAAAUAAAUCAGAAAAUAAAAACGAAAAUUAAAAAGGAAUAGGAGAAAUAUAAUGUAAAAUCGAAGAACCAGAAAAAAUAAGAGAAAAUACUAGAAAAUGUUAAAUUUCGUUAUGAAUUUCUAUCUAUCAAUAGCAGAAAUUUAUGCUAAAAAAUUAAGAUCUAAAAAAAGGACAUCGUUAUAAAUAAAAAAAUUUUUACAUAAAAUCGAAAAAUAUUUGUACAUAUAUAUAUAUAUACAGGAAGCACAAAAUAGAAAUGGAAUUUUGUACAUAAAACAUAAAUGAAUUCAUCUCUCAUCAUGGGAAGCAAACAAUAAAACAAAUAUAUAAAAAUAAUAACAACAACAAAAGCAAAUCAAAGAAAAAAUAUUUUUUUAACUUUCAUACAUACUUAUAGGGGCAAUCAAAAUUCAUUUGAAAAAAAAAGGAUGUUAAUAAAUUGCAGUAAAAAUAAGGACAUCAAAAAAUCUAAUAGAAAAUAAUAAAUCAAAGUAAAACAGAACCAAUACACACACAUAUAUAUAAAAAAGGAUAACAUACAAAAAAAAACAAGCCUAUAUUAAAACAAAAACAACAAGGGAAAAAAGGCUAAAAUAUUUACCAAACAAUUAUAAUCAUAUUACAAAUCAAAUUCGGUAUAUAUACGAAGUUGUAGCUGUAAGAAGUAGGAGUAGUACGAAUAGGAUACGCAUCUAUAAAUUUUUUAUAUAUAAAAAAAAAUAUUUAAACAUAUAGCAAUGGAUGGAAUAAAUCGUAGAAGAAGACAAUCUGGUGAUCCAUGUAAUUGUCUUAGGCCAGCAAUUAGAAUAUGGGGUUUAAUAACGGCUGUUGAUGCUCUUACACAAAUUUGAAUUAACAAAUGGGAAAUCAAGGGUUCCUGUAAUUUGAACAAUACUUAAUAUGUAUGAAUCGGGUUAGUGGAUCGUAUAUUCAUAAAUUACUGCUUAGGGAAAGAAACAGUACUUCACAUUGUGUAAAACUAUGAGAUAUAAAACUACACGUUCAUAUUUAAAACUACAUAUUCUAUACGACUAUGAGUACACUUGCGAGCAUGAGAUUUUAGAUAUGUAUGGCUUCAAUAGAUCAACUGUUUCCUGCACGGUUUAAAUCUGGAUGAAUAUUCUUUCAGUCUGUGUGGGAGUUGGUGUAGAUAUUUAUGUUCAUGGCCACAAAGCUGGAAUUUUUAUAUUAAUCGGAUCAAUAUUAGUACUGUUUUUUGAAGUAAAAUGGGUGAUUACAGUAUUUGUUCAAUUACUUUUUGCAAGCGAAAAUUAUUCAUCUAGUUGUAUUCUGUGCUGGAGUAUAUGUAGAAUUGCUGGAGCAUGGCGUUUAUCACCAUUUUAUAUUGCCUAUGGUACAGCUUUAAUAUUUUGGCCUCAUAAUUUAUGGUUAAGCUAUGUAGCUGGUGUAUUUCUAAUAAUUUUAGCUAUUUUAAGGCUAUGCACAAUAUUUAAAUUUAGUGGUAAUUUUAAAGGUGAUGAAGGGUUAUUACCUCAACGAGAUGAUUUUAUGGAUAAAUCGGAAGCGGGUGUGACAGAAGGAAUAGAUGAUUCAUUUCCAGAUAUAUGUCACACAUUAGAAGACGAAGAACCAGUAGACGAAGAAACUUAAUUAUAUAUACAUAUACAUAAUAUUAAAUACAUAAAAUAAAAUAAAUAAAAAUAUAGAAAUUAUAUAAUAAAAUAAAUAAAUUUUCUUUUCUAAUUUAUUGUAUCAUUUUUUUUUUUGUAGUAUAAUUCUCUUCUAUUGUAAUGUUAGCAAUAUUUUUUGAUACAAAGACAAUAAAUGAUAUAAUGUUAAGAGUU